AAGCCUAUGAUGAUCACCGCCAUCAUUUAUCACCAUGUAAGGGUGAGCAUAAUUCUGGAAUUGAAUGGAAAUCGGAGAAUCGGAUCCAUGGGAACUAAUCCAAUUCUAGGUUUUAGAGUGAGAGAGUUCGAUUUUCGGUUUCACUUUUUUAAGAACCGCCGGUUCCCAAUCUGGUUCGGUUUUAUAGGAACCGAACCGAGAACUGGAACCGGACCGGAAACCCUAAAUCCCUGAUUACAUUCUCCCGUUCCCCAACUCAAUUCCAUUUCUCUCGCACUUUCACCUCUGUCCCUCCUUGCACGACGUUGAGCCCUUGUGCGACGCUGCAUCUCAUCUCUGUCGCGCUGCUUCUCCGACUCACUUAGUUUCCACUUCUCCAUCGUUGCUGUCACGCCGAGCCCUUCGUUUUGCUGUCACCACUGCCGGCCGCUGCUCAGAUCCGAGGGGUUUAGUGAAGUCACAGUGAGUCCACGCUUUUAUUCUCCACGCUUUCUUGUCUCUUUUCAGAUCGACCUCGACCUCCAUUAAUUCCUCUCUCAACUCAGACCAAAACCACGAAAAUUGCGUGACCUGCGCCUCUCUCUCUCUCUCUCUCUCUCUACGGCAACCAUCAUCCAGCAGAACGUUAGAUGGGAAAUGUACAAGUUAAUUUGAUUUUAAACUGAGCCGGCCAAGUUUUAAGGUAUCGGUACUCAUUUGCCUAAUUCAUAUCCAAUAUCUCAGCUCAUUUCUUAGCCAGGCCACACCACACUAACCUCAUUUUCUCUUCAGGAAAGAGAGAUAUCUGGAAAUUAAUAAACUUCCUACCUAUGGCAAACUCAGAGGCUGGAACUAGUAAUGAUGUUGCACCAGCAUUAGGAAGUGAGUACCAAGUGUUCUUGAGUUUCAGAGGGCCAGACACUCGUCAUGGAUUCACGGACUUCCUUUAUAACGACUUGUCAGAUGUCGGAGUCCGUGUAUUUAGGGAUGAUGAUGAACUUCGCGUUGGAGAAAUAAUCAGUGACAACCUGCUAAGUGCUAUCAAUAACUCCAUAAUUUACAUACCCAUCUUCUCUCGGACUUAUGCUUCCAGUAAAUGGUGCCUUUGGGAGCUUGCGCAUAUAGUGGACAACGUGUCUAAAUCAAAGGACGAAAAGUGUAUCUUUCCCAUUUUUCUCGACGUGGAACCAGAUGAUGUUAAACUUAAAACGCAGAUAUAUGGCAAUGCUUUAUUGGAACAUGAGAGGGAGUUUCCCAACAAAGUUGAGGCAUGGAGAGCGGCUCUUGCAGCAGUAGGUAAAAUCAAGGGAUUGAACGUGACAUCAAGCCAAGCAGCGAUUGUCAAAUUAGUUGUUAAAGAGGUUUUGAAGAAGCUGAAGAUAAAACAAAAAUCAGUGACUGAAUAUUUAGUUGGAAUUGAUGAUCGGAUAAAAGAGUUGACAAAGUUUUUAGAUGUCAGUCACGAUGAUGUACGGCUCAUUGGAAUUUAUGGAAUGGGUGGCAUCGGUAAAACAACUAUUGCCAAGGUCAUCUUUAAUAAAUUAUGUUCACACUUUGGGAAGUGUUGUAGCUUUCUUGAUGACAUUCGUGAAAGGUUGAAUAAGGAGGGCAUAGUCUCGUUGCAGAAGCAAUUACUAUCUGACAUUGGUGGUUCUGGAACUAUAGGAGAUAUCGACAAUAGUGAAGGAGGAAUGAGGAGGAUUAGAGAAACACUUAGCAAUAAGAAGGUCUUGGUGGUUUUGGAUGACGUUGAUAAGAAAGAGCUCAUUAAUGAUCUAAUAGGAAAUUCCAAAUUAUAUCCAGGAUCUAGGAUAAUUGUUACAACAAGAAACACUUAUGUUCUAGAAGUUGAGGGAUAUAAGGGUGAAACUCAACAGUAUGAGAUGUUAAAGAUGGAUGCUGGUUCUGCACUUCAGCUUUUUGGUUGGCAUGCCUUUAGUGGAGACUUUCCUUCAGAUGAUUAUUGCCGGCUUUCAAGUGACAUUGUCUCAACUACGGGAGGGCUUCCAUUAGCUAUUCAAGUGAUAGGUUCAUUGCUCAAGGGGAAACGCCAAGAAAUUUGGGAAGAGACAUUGGAAAAGUUAAGGAAUGUUCUUGCGAAAGAGAUUCUAGAGAAGUUAAGGAUUAGCUAUGAUGAUCUAGAAGAACAUCAAAAACAAAUUUUUCUCGAUAUAGCGUGCUUCUUUGUCAACAAGAAUAAGAUCGAUGCAAUUUACAUGUGGAUUGAUUGUAAAUUUUAUCCAAAGGGAGGAAUUGAAGUCCUUACCAAUAGGUGCUUGAUAAAGAUAUUGGACAAUGAUAAGUUUUGGAUGCACGAUCAACUUAUAGCACUGGGAAGGCAUAUUGUCCGUGAAAACAAUCAAAUGACCACAAAAGCAUAG